AUGUUAGAAAGUAGUUUCGAUCAAACUGUGAUGGCUGCCUCCAUCCAACAUGCCAUGCUGUUGUCCCAUUCUCACCUAACACUCAACACUUGUAGACGGACAUUUAAUAAGUUUACAAAUAAUCCCUAUCAUAGUUAUUCUCGAGCUAUCAGGAAUUGCCGAAAACUCAUACAAAACCGAGUGACUCGACCAAGUCAAGCUAAAAUUUCGAAUGCUUUGAAUUUAAGGUCUUUCUCACAGGCCACUGAUGACUCAGAUUCAAAUAACUGUCCAAGAGGCUUAGUUCCAUGGCAAAAAAAAGAAUUUACUAAUAUCCUUCCUCCAGCCUACAACCCAGAAUACGUUGAAGCCAUAUGGUACAAAUGGUGGGAACAGAAAGGUUUUCACCAACCACAGCCAAUUCAGGAUGCUGUAAAGAAGAGAAGGUUUGUCAUCUGUUUGCCUCCCCCUAAUGUGACUGGUUCACUCCAUCUUGGUCAUGCUUUGACAUGCUCCAUUCAAGAUGCUAUUGUCCGUUGGUACCGAAUGCAAGGACACCAGGUACUCUGGGUCCCAGGACUGGACCAUGCUGGCAUUGCAACUCAAGUGAUCAUUGAGAAAUGGUUAUGGAAGAAGAAGGGCUGCACAAAACAUGAUAUUGGCAGAGAAAAAUUUCUAGAAGAAGUAUGGAAAUGGAAAAUAGAAAAAGAAAACACGAUUUAUGAACAAAUGAAACGACUAGGAGCCUCACUUGACUGGACGCGACAUUUUUUUACAAUGGAUCAGAAUCUCUCCAAAGCUAUUAACGAAGCUUUUAUUCGACUCCAUGACGAGGGCUUAAUAUACCGUAAAAAAUGUUUAGUCAACUGGUCUUGUGUUCUCAAGUCAGCCAUUUCUGAUGUUGAGAUAGAAAUGUUGCAGUUGAAAGGGAAGACCAAACUCGAAAUUCCUGGUUAUGCUAAGAAAGUACAGUUUGGAACUUUAACCUCAUUUGCAUAUCCUGUUGUAGGAACUGAUGAAAAGAUCAUUGUGGCCACCACUCGUCCAGAGACAAUAUUUGGGGAUGUGGCUGUGGCUGUACACCCUGAAGAUUCUCGUUACCAACAUCUUCAUGGAGCCUUACUUCAGCAUCCAUUUUCAGAUCGAAAGAUUCCAGUCAUUGCUGAUGAGUUUGUCGACAAAGAGUUUGGAGAAGGUGCUGUCAAACUGACCCCUUGUCAUGAUCAAACGGACUAUGAAGUUUGUGAGCGGCAUGGUUUACCAAUUUCCUUCUCUAUCAUUGAUGACUCUGGUCUUAUGUGCAAUGUUGGUGCUCCUUUUGAGGGAAUGAAGAGGUUUGAUGCAAGAAAAGCUGUUGUAAAAUCCUUAAAACAGAAAGACUUAUACCAUGGAACGAUCAACCAUUCCAUGAUGCUUCCUGUCUGCAGUCGUUCCAAAGAUGUUAUUGAACCUCUUCUGAUGGACCAGUGGUUCCUCAAUUGUAAAACAAUGGCAACCAAAGCAACUCAGGCUGUCACCAACAACCUCCUCUGCUUCAUCCCUGAUUACUAUGACAGUAUCUGGUUCCACUGGCUGCAGAAUAUCAGGGACUGGUGUAUUUCCAGACAAUUGUGGUGGGGACACCAAAUACCUGCUUAUUUCGCUACCACUACGCCGUCACCGCAGCUAUCAACCUCGAGUUCCACUGGAAUAUGGGUUAGUGCCAGAAACCAAGAGGAAGCUCUAGCUAAAGCCAGUGAGAAAUUAUCUGUUCCCAAAGAACAGAUAACUCUUAAACAAGAUGAAGAUGUCUUGGAUACUUGGUUUUCAUCAGCAUUGCUUCCAUUUUCAGUAUUUGGAUGGCCAGAAAAAACAAUUGACUAUGAAUCUUUCUACCCAACCGACCUUCUUGAGACUGGCAGUGAUAUCUUGUUCUUCUGGGUGGCCAGAAUGGUUAUGCUGGGACAGAAGUUAACAGGACAGUUACCUUUCGAUAAGAUUUUAUUGCAUGGAAUUAUCCGAGACUCCGAAGGUAGAAAGAUGAGUAAAUCUCAAGGAAAUGUGAUCGAUCCAUUGAAUGUCAUUUAUGGUGCAUCCUUAAAGGACCUUCAGAACCAACUGGACAGUAGUGUUCUUGACCAAAAGGAAAUUGAACAUUGUAAAAAAGAGCAACACAAAAACUUCCCACAUGGUAUUCCACAGUGUGGCGCUGAUGCUCUUAGAUUCACGCUUUGUUCUUAUAAUUUCAAAUUGCAAACCAUCAACAUUCAAAUGGACCAUAUCAAAAGUUCAAAAUUCUUUUGUAAUAAAAUAUGGCAAGCUUCAAGAUUCAUUCACCUCAACCAAGAAGAUUCUUUCACUCCCAAGCGACCGUUCGCACUGUCUGGUCAUGAAUCUGCUAUUGAUAAAUGGAUCCUCAGUGUUCUCACUGAAACAACACACUACUGUGACCCAAAAUUCCGCAAUUAUGAUCUACAGUUAGUUACCAAUUCCUUACGCAAGUUCUGGAUUCAGAAUUUCUGUGAUAUUUAUUUGGAAUCUGUGAAACCAAUUUUAAAGAAUGGUUCAGAAGAAGAAAAAGAAACCGUGAAUCAAGUGUUACAUUUCUGCCUGGAAACUUACCUCAAAGCCAUCAGUCCUUUCAUGCCUUACCUCAGUGAGGAACUCUACCAACAACUUAUGCAAAGAAGCGGCCAUUUUGAUGUCAGUGUUUGCAGCGCUGCUUACCCUAACCCCAAGGAUUUUACCUGGCGAAAUCCAUUCAUUGAAGAAGACAUGAAUAUUGUACAAGAUCUCUGCAGUCAGGCAUUGUUUUUGAGGAAAGAAUUUAGCUUGACCAAAGCUAAAGGAAACGUUUUCAUCAGUUCUUCCAAUGAAAUCCUGCUGGAUCGCCUCUCUCAGAAUUACUCUGUACCAAUAUCCACACUCUCAAGAUCGGCUUCAGUAAACUUCAUCUAUGGAAUCUUAAAUAUUCCUCACGGCUGUGUAUCAUCAAAAACAGUAGCUGACACUUGCCAAGUGCAUUUAAGUCUUCAGGGUUUAGUGGAUCCUGUCAUUGAGUUGAACAAACUCACUAAAAAGGUGGAGAAAGUGUUGAAAGAACUGGAGAAAAUUGCAGCUUCAAUGAACAGAGAUCUGAGAAAUAACGAACUUGUUGAUGAAAAGAAGAUAAAAGCUGUUGAAAACCUCAACUCUGAACUUGACCGGCUUCAGAACUAUGUGUCCGUCUUAGAAAAACUGGAACCCUAAAACGGUGUAGAUGCAUAACAUCUAUCAAGAACAUUGUCCCUGCUCAGCCCUAAUUUGUAACUGGAUUAGGCCGUGUAAUAAUUCAAAUAUUUCUGUGUAGACUUACACGUCCGAGAAGACGAGGGAGUGGUUGAUGUACAUAUCUGUACAUAUAUUUAUAAAUAUUGUGGUGAAGAAUAAAGAUAAAUAAGAAGCGAA